UUCGCAAUCCACUGGAAAUGCUUUUUGAAACACUCUCAACUCUUCAAUAAAAAUCCAAUCUUUCACAUUUUCUUGACUGAGAAAUGCUGCUGCGGAUGAAGUUUGUGGCUUUCCUCUUCUUGUCUCCGCUACUCUCGGUUCAAUCUCUCGACCCGCCUCUCAACGACGACGUUUUGGGCCUCAUAGCCUUCAAAGCCGGCCUCGUUGAUCCACUCUCGCACCUCACUUCUUGGAACGAACAAGACAACGUCGCCUGCAAAUGGUUCGGGGUGAAAUGCGACCCGACUACCAACCGGGUCACGGAGCUCAUUCUUGAUGGACUCUCUCUGUCCGGCCACAUUGGGAGAAGCUUGCUCCGGUUACAGUCCCUCACACUUUUACAGCUAUCAAGAAACAAUUUUUCAGGGCCAAUUAGUCCCACUCUUGCUCAAAUUCCAUCUCUUGAGGUUCUUGAUUUGAGUGACAACAGUUUCUCUGGCUCAAUUCCUGAGGAGCUUUUCCAGCAAUGUGGGCGGUUGAAGGCGAUUUCACUAGCUAAGAACACUCUCACUGGCCCAUUGCCGCAGUCCUUGAGCUCUUGCUCGAAUCUGCAGAGGCUGAAUUUUUCUUUGAAUUGUCUUUCAGGUCAGUUGCUACCCGGGUUGUGGUCUCUCACUUCUCUUCGAUUUCUUGCUCUGUCUGAUAAUUUGUUCGAGGGUGAUGUUCCGGGAGGGAUUGAGGCAUUGUCUGAUUUGAGAGUCAUUAGUUUGAGAAACAAUAAUCUUGUUGGUUGGCUGCCUGAAAAUCUUGGAAACUGUUUGAUGCUCAAGAGUGUUGAUUUUAGUGGUAACUAUUUUAGUAGCAGUCUUCCUCUUUCAAUGAGGAAACUUGAGUUGUGUAGUUAUCUUGAUGUGAGUAUGAACUCAUUGACAUGAGAGUUUCUUGAUUGGGUUGGAGAGAUGAGAAGCUUGGAAUUCUUAUACAUUUCUGGUAAUAACUUUUCUGGUAGGGUGCCUAGUGCUUUAGGCAAUCUGCAAUCCUUGAAAGAACUUAAUAUGUCAAGAAAUAGGUUUUUGGGAGGCUUACCUGAGUCAUUUGGUGGUUGUGUGAACCUUAAUGUUGUUGAUUUCGGGCACAACUCGUUCUCUGGCAAUCUGCCUUCGUGGCUUUUUAUGUUCGCUUUGGAGAGUGCAUCUCUCUCUGGUAAUAGGUACAGUGGGAGCAUCACCUUUCCCACUUCGUGGUUGCAGUCGUUUCAAAGCUUCGAGGCCUUAGAUUUGUCGUCCAAUGCAUUAACUGGUGUGAUUCCAGCUGCUAUUGGGAAUUUCAGUAAGCUGCAGGCCUUGAAUUUAUCCCACAACUCCUUAGUUGGUUCUAUUCCAGCAAGUAUAGGUGAGCUUAACACGACUUGUGUUCUUGAUAUCAGUCACAAUCGGCUAUCUGGGAGCAUCCCAACUGAGGUUGGACGCGUUGUUUCACUGCAACAACUGAGAUUGGAGAGCAAUAUGCUGAGUGGAGCCAUUCCAACAGAAAUUGGGAACUGCUCUUCUCUGACCUCAUUGGUGUUAUCGCAGAAUAAUCCCACCGGUCCUGUUCCUGGUUCAGUCACAAACUUAACAAACCUCGAGGUCUUGGACUUGUCCUUCAACAAUUUAUCGGGUAGCCUGCCAAAAGAACUGACAAAUCUUUUGCAUCUUGUUUGGUUUAACGUCUCCUUCAAUGAUCUCGAGGGGGAACUUCCGGUUGGUGGCUUCUUCAACACCAUCCCCUCGUCAUCUGUGAUUGGGAAUCCAUCCCUAUGUGGCUCCAUUGUCAAGCAAUCAUGCCCUGCUGUCCAUCCCAAGCCUUUAGUCCUCAACCCCAACUCAUCCGUAUCGAAUCAUGGCCCUAAUCCACCAAAUCUUCGUCACAAGCGAAUUGUGCUCAGCAUAUCUUCCCUUGUGGCUAUUGGUGCAGUUGUCUUUAUAGCCCUUGGUGUCGUCACAGUCUCUAUCCUGAACAUGCAUGCGCGUACCUCAAUGGCACAGUCUGCUGCUGCAUUCACAUUCUCCGGGAGUGAUGAUUUUAGCCCUUCCCACGACACUGAAGCCAACUAUGGGAAGCUUGUCAUGUUCUCCGGAGAAGCUGAUUUUGCUACUGGGGCUCAAUCGCUGCUCAAUAAGAACUGUGAGCUCGGACGCGGAGGUUUUGGGGCUAUCUACAGGACAGAGCUUCGAGGGGGACGCCCCGUUGCAUUCAAGAAGCUUAACACCACGAGUUUGACAAAAUGUCAAGCAGAUUUUGAGAAGGAAGUUAAAACAUUAGGCAAAAUCAGACAUCAGAAUCUGGUGACACUUGAAGGAUAUUACUGGACGCCUUCGUUGCAACUGCUGAUUAAUGAGUACGUCUCUGCAGGAAGUUUGCACAAACAUCUCCAAGAUGGAGGGGACGACAGCUGCCUCACGUGGCAACAAAGAUUCAACGUAAUCCUCGGUACUGCUAAAGGGCUAGCUCAUCUGCACCGGAUGAAUGUCAUUCACUACAACAUAAAGUCAAGCAAUGUUCUGAUCGACGUAUCUGGUGAUCCGAAGGUGGGAGAUUUCACCCUUGCCCGGCUGCUCCCAGCAUUUGACCGUUAUAUACUGAGCAGCAAGGUUCAGAGUGCACUUGGGUACACUGCCCCAGAGUUCGCAUGCCAAACUGUGAAGAUCACUGACAAAUGUGAUGUAUAUGGAUUCGGGGUCUUGACUCUCGAGGUAUUGACUGGGAAAAGAGCCGUGGAGUACAUGGAAGAUGACGUGGUGGUGCUGAGCGACAUGGUGAGGGAAGCGUUAGAUGAAGGCAGGAUGGAGGAAUGUAUCGACAAGAAGCUUAAAGGCGGUUAUCCAAUGGUGGAGGCAGUUCCGAUUGUAAAGCUUGGUUUGAUAUGUGCCUCUCAAGUUCCAUCAAAUCACCCGGACAUGGACGAGGUCAUAAGGAUUUUGGAGCUCAUCCAGACUUCUUCAUCAGAAAAGGAAGAAAUGGAAUCAUAAUCUAAAAGAGAAAUAUUGAAGUUAAAAAUUGUUGGUAUUAGGUGAAGAGGAAUCCAGUAGUAUUUGUUUCAAUAUACAAAGAAAGUAGGUUGUCUCUCCUGAAAUCUUUCAUUAGUUUUGAAAUCUCCUUUGUGAGUAAGAUAUGUACAUUUGUUUUGUUCCUUACAGUUACUGGAUUUGUGUUCACCAGCUCCAACU